AUGGAAAAUGAUAAAAUUGUUUAUGAAGACUUAAAGAUCAAAAACUUCGAUGAUGUUGUUAUCCCCGAACCAUUUCAGCCAUUGUAUGAAGCAGAAUCACAUUACUUUAACCUAAACAAAGAAAAUUUCGAAACAACAGUCAACUUCUUUAAAAAGUUUAUUACAGAUGGCCCAGGCGAAACACAAGCUAAUAAUUUCAAAUACUUGUUAGAAUUAUUUGUUGAUGGAGAUUUGGUCCAAUGUUAUCCAGAUAAUUUGCAUUUUCAAAUACUACAAACUCUUGGCAAGAUAUUCAAUCCAAUAAUCAGAACGAGGAACUUAGAUUUAUAUCAUAUAGCAUAUAACGCUGGAAUAAAUAUAAUGCUCCCUCCUGAGCUUGCAAAAUUGCACAAAAAACCAGAAAUGACACCACGUGAGCCACCAGAUGAAUUAACACAAAUCAUGCUUGAUGAUGAUGUAGCAAAAUUUCAACAGCAUUUUGAUAAAUCUAAUCCAAAUUAUUUCAAUAUUGUUGAAUCUGUGUUAAUUCAAAAUCCAUCAGUUAACAUUGUCAAAUACUUACUUAUCAGCGGAGAUUUUGAGCAAUUAUUGAAACAAGCGUUGUUUUCAAAAUCAUAUUUAGCAACUAAAAUAGUUUCAUCAGGGAAUAUAGAAAUUAUACGAUUACUUGAGCAAAAUGGUAUUAAAUAUAAUUAUUGUUUGUCAGAAGCUUUUAAAACACGUAAUUCUGAUUUAAUUACAUGGCUUCUUGAAAAUUAUAAACAAUAUAAGCCAUCAUAUGUUUAUUUAUCCUUCAUCAAAUCAAUUAUUUUCUGUUUGGAAAAUAACAAUUGUUCAGAUUAUUCGAAAUUGAUUGCUGUUUAUUUCAGAUCAAAGUUCAAAUCUGUUCUUGAAUUUUUCAUUCAUUACAAACAAAAUUUGACAUUAAAAGAACAAGAUUAUAGUUUUCCACGACUUCAUGAUGAAGCAGAUAUAUCAAUUAUCUCUGAUUGUUUAAUUAACGAAAGAUAUGAUUAUUUCAACAUUUUAUAUGAUUUAGGAUUGUGCUAUUCCGAUGGAUUUUUAUUGCACCCUUUGUCAUUUUUAAUUUUCCAUAAGAUUCAUGAUCUUGAUCUUUAUGAAAAGGUUUAUCAAUUGACUCAAAGAAAUACGUCAACUAGUUUUGAAUUACCAAAAAGACUAGUUCAGGAUGUGUUGCCUGAUAUGGAUUUGAUGAAAUUUUUCUUAGAAAGAAAAAUAAUUACUCCUAAUUUACCAGAGAUUUUGACAUGGUCCGGUCUUGAUGAGAUGAUAUACAUAUUUGAUCAUUUUCAAAGUUUUAAUGUCAAACAGUUUAAUUCAGAAUUUAAUGAUGAAGAAAAAUUUUUGGAUUUUAAGCCGGAUUUAGUUGAUUAUAUUGUGAGAAACUAUCAAAUCGAUCUUGAAGGUAAUAAUGGAUUUUAUAUUAUGAAGUUUGCAUUUUUCAAAGGACAUAUUGAUUUAAUUGUAUAUCUUCUUGAUAAGAAUGUUAUUUUAUUCAGAAAAAAACUAAAGGAAGAAUAUAAAAACAGGAAAAAAGAAAAACACAACUUUUGGAACAAUUUUUACUAUGGUUAUAAAGAAGAAGAGGAAGAAGAGGAUGAAUAUGAGUAUGAAUUUGAUGAUCCAAGGUAUAAUUUUUAUAACGUCAUGGACUGCGCAGAACAUGAUAACCUUGAAGCUUAUCAACUUAUUCUAUCUCACGGUGGUAAAGCACAUGCAAAAGGGUCUGAAUACUGCAACACACUUCUUGACUAUCACUCAAUGAAUGGAAACUUCGAAAUUAUUAAAAUUCUUAUUGAACAUGGAGCAAAAGUCACAGAAAACACACUCGAAUUAUGCAGCGAUGAUAAAUCUAUGUGUUUCUUGAUCGACCAUGCCGAUGAAUACAUGUUGUAUAGUAAUCUUUGUUUAUUAAUUAAUGGCGAUGAUAAGCCAACGGGAUUUUUUAACUAUGUUAAAAAAUAUUCACUCAACAGUUGUUCAUUAGAAGUUUUCCUUAUGUGUUUGUCAAAAGCUUUGCAAGUCAAAAAUGAAAGUGUUAGCAUUUUCAUAUUGAAGAAUACUGAGAUUGAUAGCGGCGAUUACCUUGAUCAAUUUCCAAGUGAAAAUGAUCAUUGGCUUAUUAAAGCGAUCGAAAUGAAUUCACCAGAAUGUGUUCGUUUGCUUUUAAAUCUCAUGGAAAAGUGUGAGCUAAUUAAAGGAUACUUCACUCCAAGGAUUAUCCCGAUUAAUGACUAUUAUGUCCAAAAAUCACGCCAAGCAAUAAUCCCAGACUAUUAUCUUCAGGCUGCUAAACUGAAUAACAUUGACAUUGUUAAAAUUCUUAUUGAACACAAAGUUCCAAUUAACCGCAAAUCUGAUGAUAUUCUCAAAAAUGCAUUGUUUUGGGCGGCUGUUCGAGAAAAUGUUGAUAUAAUUAACUUACUAUUCGAAUAUGGUUAUGAAAAACUGGAUAUUCCAGAAGAAGACAUCUCAAUGUUUCAUAUUCAUCCAGAUUUGGUUAAAUUGAUAAGAAAAUAA